UUCAUUUCUGCCUCUGCCCUUUUUUCUUUUUUUGGUCACAGAAGUCUAUAGAAGUAAGGAAGGAAGUAGGGAAGGUCGUGAGCUCCAAGCAGGCCAAGUUUCAUAACAGCUCCUCGUGAAGUCCUCGUGCGCUACAGGAAUGCCUCUCGGGGGUGGAAACAAGUGUGCCUGCUGUCAGAAGACCGUCUACUUCGCAGAGGAAGUUCAGUGCGAUGGGCGGAGUUUCCAUAAGUCAUGUUUCCUCUGUAUGGUGUGCAGGAAGAACCUUGACAGCACUACUGUGGCUACCCAUGAAAAUGAGGUCUACUGCAAGUCCUGUUACGGAAAGAAGUACGGCCCAAAAGGCUACGGUUACGGUGCUGGUGCCGGGACGCUGAGCAUGGACAGAGGAGAGUCUCUGGGAAUCAAGCCCGUGGAUGAAAUGCCGCAGCAGCCCACUAACAACCAGAACACUUCCAAGUUCGCCCAGAAGUUUGGGAGCUCUGACAUGUGCCCUCGCUGCGGCAAAGCCGUGUACGCAGCCGAGAAGACCAUUGGAGCAGGAGCGUCAUGGCAUAAGAGCUGUUUCCGCUGUGCUAAAUGUGGGAAGGGCCUCGAAUCCACCACCUUGUCGGACAAAGAUGGAGAGAUCUAUUGCAAAGGGUGCUAUGCUAAAAGCUUCGGUCCAAAAGGGUUCGGAUACGGACAAGGAGCCGGCGCUCUCGCUCACGCUCAGUAGAAUGAUUCCCUGCUCUAUUUCCCUUAUUUCACCAAGCUGAAGCUUUACACUGCAUGUGCUAGUAUUUACAGUUAGCUGGAACAUUUAGAAUCUGUAUCAUCAAUGCUGGUUUUAAAUAUAACUUGUAAGCUGCAGUACACAUUAAGAAUAAAUACAGAGCUCCAUAAAGCACACGUUAAGCUUCUCAUAGAUGCGAAACAUUUUCAGGUUCUGAUUUGCAUAUUUAAUACACAAAUAUAGUAUAGAGACAUUUUUAUAUCCACAAUGACUUAUGGAAAUGUUUCUCUAGUAGCAUUCUGCAUUUUUUUUAUAAGAAUAAUAAACAUCGGUGUAAAAAGUG